AUGGCCACAAAGGACCGGUGGCGCGCAAGCCUUCAAAAGCUUUCAUCUAAAAUCAGUGCAGAAAAACGCCUCUGGGGACCCAAAAUUGGAGAACUAAGAGAAUUUGUCUUUUUCUCGGCCGACAGCAAGAAAAACAACGGAAGACCACUUCCAGAUGUUGCGCCUGGUGCGUUCGUUAACGAUCUGAGCGACCAGCGUCGGAAGGCUCGCACGCUUAGGCCACGGACCUUGCAACCCUAUGACUUUAGAGGCCAUAACAUUCUCCUUUUGUCAGACUCGGACUCGGAUCGAGACGACUGUCCAGAAGAGUCCACAGCCGCCGCUACGGGUCCGGAAAGGCAGCGGUACAGCGUUCUUGGCGAUGGUGACAAAGAACACAAAGGGGAUGGGAAACCGAAGAAAACCCAGGCUGAAGUCGAGGUUCAGAAAGAUCAGGCUGAAUCACUCCCGUUAAUCUAUGGGCAAGACAGCAACGAAGAGGACUUUUUGGCAAACUCGGCAGUUGAAGAAGAAUUGGUGAACGACAUAGUCAAGCUUCUACCAGACCGGCCCCGGGCCGAUUCGCCUACAUUGGGUACCGAUGGCGCUGUCAUUCGACGGAACUGCAGAUACAAAAGCCAUGGCAAAGCUUUUCAUUAUCAUUAG